GCAAGCAACGAAGCCGGCGAGAGAGGAAGCUCAGGAAGCGACGUUCGUCGCGAAUUUAUUGGUCUCCUUUAUUUGCGAUUGGCAUACGUACCUGGCACCAUGAGUAACGCUGAGGAAUCGUUAGUAGCUGGUCUCGUGUAUAACUAUUUGUUAAAGAAAGAUGCAUCGUUGGCGACGGUUUUUCAGAAGAAGACGAAAGCGCCUCUCCUGCGAAAAGAAUUUCCAACAUUAUUGGAAGUAAUUAAGUAUUUCCAAAAGAACUCUCCCAAGAAGAUCCCAUUAAUCACAGAAGUAACCAAGGAAAGCAGUUCGGAUUCGAGCUCGGAAAGUGAAGAGGAAACAGAAAAAAAUGCACAAGUUAAUGGCAAAGCAGUAGAAACAGUGGCUCUUAAAAAAAUGGCAGAAUCUUCUGAGGAAGACGAUUCUAGUAAAGCUGAAACAAUAAUAGAAGCGAUUGCAAAGGGUAAACUGCGGUUCGAUGAAUGCAAUAAGGAACGUGAAAAUGAUAAAAACCUUCGAUUGAAAGCAGCAAAGGCAAUGCUUAAAGCAGCAAAGGCCAAGACAUCUGAUUCAUCUGAUUCAACUUCCAGCGAUUCAUCUUCAGCGAGUCCUGACGUUGAAGUGGCAAAUUCAAAAACUACCAAACAGUCAGCAAUGAAGACAUCCACACCCAUAACGAAUGUAGCUUCAAAAACACAAUUACAAAAACAGAAUAAAUCAGCAACACUGGUUACAAACAAGAGCAAAGGUCGUGAUGUGGAUGCAUUGAAUGAGAAUGUACAGAAAAAACCAGUCCUCAGUAAAUCUACAGUGCCAGCAAAACAUACUGCCAUGGAAGAAUCUUCUAGUGACGACGAUAGCAGCGACGAACAGCAGUCCGUUGAGAAAUCAACUUCGUCAGUAACUGCUAUGCAAAAAGAUUCUUCUUCGAGCGAAGAAGAGAGCAGCGAAGAGGAACUUAAGGCAGUCGCAACAAAAGCUGCUGUAACUGUAAAGACACAAAAUCAAAAUAAACCAACGCCAGCAAAAGCAGUUAAAAAAUCAGAGUCGUCAUCGAGUGAAGAAAGUAGUGACGAAGAAGAAACGCCCCAAAAAAUAGCUCCCAUUAAACCAGCUGCACCAGUAAAAUUAAUUACCAAGAAAGAAUCUUCAAGCGAAGAUAGCGAUGAUAGCGAUGAUAGCGAAGAAGAGCAGCCUGUUAAGAAACCAACUCCAGUAGCCACCACUAAGAAAACAACUCCGGCAGUUGCUGCUAAAAAACCAACUCCGACAGUCACUGCUAAGAAAACAACAUCUUCCUCGAGCGAAGAAAGUAGCGAAGAUGAAAAACCUCCUAUUAAAAAACCAGCUCUCGCUAAUCAAAGUACUGCUAAUAAAAUUAGUUCUGUAAAGAAAGAUUCGUCAAGCGAGGAUUCAGAAGAUGAAUCCGAUGAAGAAGAAAAACCAGCAACAAUGAUAGUAACGAAAGCAGCACUUGAUAAAACGCCGGUUAUCACUAAUCGAAAUACUAACAAAAUUAGUUCUGUAAAGAAAAAAGAUUCGUCGAGCGAUGAUUCAGACGAUGAAUCUGAUGAAGAAAAGAAACCAGUGACAGUGGCACCUAGUAAAACGCCAACUCUCACUAAUCAAAAUACUACUAGUAAAAUUAGUUCUGUAAAGAAAAAAGAUUCAUCAAGCGAGGAGUCAGAGGAUGAAUCUGAUGAAGAAGAGAAAUCAACGACAAUAGCAGUAUCGAAAGUGGCGAUUAGUAAAACACAGAAGAAGGAGGAAUCUUCUAGCGAAGAUUCAGAUGAUUCGGAAGAUGAGGCACCGACAACAGCAUCGGCCAAGAUAAUCGCCAAAAAAGAAUCCUCGAGCGAAUCUGAUUCAGCCUCCAAUAACUCCAAUAAAGAGAAGAUGAAAAUUCAUACACCAGCUGCGAUCAACAAGGGACAAAAAAGGAAACACACUGAUAAUGAUGAAGAAAAAACACCAGCAAAAACUGCAAGAAAUAGCUAUGGCAACUUUGUGAAAGCUAAUAGUAGCUUUAAUGGAAAUAAGCGGCAGAAAAAUCGUACAUAUCAGCGUGUGAAAAGUGAAGACAUCGUAUUGGAUCCUAAGUUGGCUAAUAAUUCGUUUGAAGCAAAGAAAGGUGCAAGAGGAUCGUGGGGGGAACGCGCUAAUGAAGUAUUGAAGUUUACAAAGGGCAAGAAAUUUCGACAUGAGAAGCAAAAAAAAAAGCGCGGUUCUUAUCGCGGUGGACACAUAGAUACACGUGUUAAUUCCAUUAAAUUCGAGGAUUAAACACUUACACUCCAUGAUUCUUUUUAUUUUCUCCAUAUUUAAAUCAGUAAAAUAAUUAAUUAAGUUUAAUACUGACUUAUACUGUAAACAUGUAUGCUAAAAUAUAUAAAACAGUUGUCUAAGAUUUUAAAGAAGACAAGAGGUUAUAACGAAUUCGGUUGAUAUAUUUCACUGAUUUAUACAGUCGCACGUAAAUUGAAACUGCCAUUGAAUGUACCAAAAUCGUAUAGCUAGAAUUAUAUAAUGAAACUUGGAAGUUGGUAAAGUAAUAUAACACACAAUUAAUUAGUGUAUUUGGCAAAAUAUGUGUAAUGCACUAACAAGAGAAUGUGCUACAUUGCAAAAGUAAUUUAAAAAAAAUAACUAAAUAGUGAUCAAAUCUUGAAAUCCUAUGGAUUCUGUACCCGACAAGGAUCAAAACAUGUUAGGCUAUUUUAACUUAAAUACAAAAUAUCUCGAGAACAAUGCAUUUUUGAAAAAAAAUGUUUCAAAUAAAAGUUGUAGAGUUUGAAAAGGACCAUCAGAUGAGCUACCAAUAUUUUGAGUCCAGAGUCUUAUUGGGCUCAACUACAUUAUUCUCGAGAUAUUUUGUCUCCAAACAUGUUCUGGCUCAAGUCAAGUACAGAAUCCAUGGGAUCCCAAUAUUUCAUCUAGAAUACCCAUUUCAAAUGUGAUCUUUCGGUUAA